GGGUCUCCCUUACUUAUUGUUGCCAGGUCCGCGUAGUAUACGCGACGUCAUGCUUGUUGCUUCACAAACUCUCUUUUAGAUACGGCGACUAACAAUUUUGGGAUUUAAUCCCACAACAUAUGUAAACAAAACAUGAAAAAUAUUCUAUUAUGUUUUUAGAGUAGGUUUUAGAAAUAAAAUUCGCUUUUCCAAAUAAAUGUAAUUGUACCAAUUUUCUUGUUUAUUACAAAUCUGGCAACACCCCUGACUGUAAAGAGAUGGUAAACCCAAGGCAAACCGGUAACACACCGAUACUUGAUCAGACGUCAACGGCCGCAAGCGAACUCGACAGGAAUAAAAGACACACGUUUUGACUCGGCGAGGGAUGUGAAGAUAUAAACUUCAAAUCUGAGCGCAUGUCUUUAAAAUAUAAGAGCUUGUCACUUUAAAAGACACACCGCGAACGCUUCGAGGCUCCUGACAAACUCUGUUUCGCGAUGGCUGUUAGAAAUAUUUCCUUCGGAGUCUUUUGGCUUGUCAGCUGGUAGCAAUUACGGCUCUACGGCAUACGGCGGGAGCCACGGCUGAAGGUCGGUGCUUUUUGCUUGACUGAUUCGCUACGGGCUGUGUGAAGCUCAGAACCUCCGAGCGGCCCGUUUCAAUACCCGCGGUAGAAGCCGGUGUGUGUGUCGGUCGUUCGGUUUACAGUGGACAUUCAGCGGCUUUACACGAACACCGCUCAUCUGGUAUUUGAUCCCCCGAAGCCGGCUAGAAUCCGGACAGAGACCUCAUGAAUGGAAAUCGGAACUACAGGAGCCGUUGGGGCUGCGCCCCAGUUCUCCGUACCUCGGAGGCCUGGCUAUGGCACCAUGGGGAAGCCCAUCAAGCUGCUGGCCAACUGCUUUCAGGUGGACAUCCCCAAGAUGGAUGUCUACCUGUACGAUGUGGACAUCAAGCCAGAAAAGUGCCCACGACGUGUUAACAGGGAAGUGGUGGAUUCUAUGGUGCAGCACUUUAAAGUGACAAUCUUUGGGGACAGAAGACCAGUUUAUGAUGGCAAGAAGAGCCUUUACACUGCUCAGCCUUUACCAGUGGCCUCAGCGGGGGUGGACCUGGACGUGACCUUGCCAGGUGAAGGUGGGAAGGACAGGAUUUUCAAGGUAACCAUUAAAUUUGUGUCGCUGGUCAGUUGGCACAUGCUGCAUGAGGUCCUCACUGGACGGAGCACUCCUGAUCCUCUGGAGCUUGACAAGCCAAUCAGCACCAAUCCCGUACACGCCGUAGAUGUUGUCCUGCGCCAUCUGCCAUCAAUGAGGUACACCCCUGUGGGAAGGUCGUUUUUCUCCUCCCCUGAGGGCUAUGAUCACCCACUGGGCGGGGGGAGGGAGGUGUGGUUUGGCUUCCACCAAUCAGUGCGACCGGCUAUGUGGAAGAUGAUGCUCAACAUUGAUGUGUCUGCCACUGCUUUCUACAAAGCUCAGCCUGUGAUUCAGUUCAUGUGUGAGGUUCUUGAUAUCCACAACAUCGAUGAGCAGCCCCGUCCUCUCACCGAUUCCCACAGAGUCAAAUUCACCAAAGAGAUCAAAGGUUUAAAGGUGGAGGUCACCCACUGUGGCACCAUGAGGAGGAAGUACAGGGUGUGUAAUGUUACUCGUCGACCAGCUAGCCAUCAGACGUUUCCUCUACAGCUAGAAAAUGGACAGACUGUGGAGAGAACAGUGGCACAAUAUUUCAGGGAAAAGUACAACUUACAGCUCAAGUACCCCCAUUUGCCCUGCCUGCAAGUGGGACAGGAGCAGAAACACACAUACCUACCUUUAGAGGUGUGCAACAUAGUGGCAGGUCAACGCUGCAUAAAAAAACUGACCGACAACCAAACCUCCACCAUGAUCAAAGCCACGGCCCGCUCCGCACCGGACAGACAAGAGGAGAUCAGCAGACUGGUGCGCAGUGCCAACUAUAAUUCAGACCCAUUUGUGCAAGAGUUCCAGUUCCGUGUGCGGGACGAGAUGGCGGAGGUGACGGGUCGAGUUCUGCCCGCCCCCAUGCUGCAGUACGGCGGCAGGGUGAGCUCUGAACACUUUAUGAAUCGUACUGUAGCCACCCCUAGUCAUGGAGUGUGGGACAUGAGAGGCAAGCAGUUUCACACUGGAGUGGAGAUCAAGAUGUGGGCCAUCGCUUGCUUUGCCACUCAGAGACAAUGUAGAGAGGAAGUUCUCAAGGGCUUUACAGACCAGCUGCGGAAGAUCUCCAAGGAUGCAGGGAUGCCUAUUCAGGGGCAGCCGUGCUUCUGCAAGUAUGCUCAGGGAGCAGAUAAUGUGGAGCCCAUGUUCCGGCACCUGAAGAACACUUAUGCUGGUCUUCAACUCAUCAUCGUCAUUCUGCCUGGAAAAACUCCAGUCUACGCCGAAGUGAAACGUGUUGGAGACACUCUUCUGGGAAUGGCCACUCAGUGCGUUCAGGUGAAGAAUGUGGUAAAGACGUCUCCUCAGACCCUUUCCAACCUCUGUUUGAAGAUCAACGUCAAACUGGGCGGCAUUAACAACAUCCUAGUGCCCCAUCAGCGGCCUUCUGUUUUCCAGCAGCCAGUCAUAUUUCUGGGAGCUGAUGUCACUCAUCCGCCUGCAGGAGAUGGCAAGAAACCCUCCAUUGCAGCUGUGGUGGGUAGCAUGGAUGCUCACCCCAGCAGAUACUGCGCUACCGUCCGUGUCCAGAGGCCCAGACAGGAGGUGAUUCAGGACCUGGCAUCCAUGGUGCGAGAGCUGCUCAUCCAGUUCUACAAGUCUACUCACUACAAACCCACCAGAAUCAUCUUCUAUAGGGAUGGAGUGUCUGAGGGGCAGUUCAGACAGGUGCUGUAUUAUGAGCUCCUGGCCAUACGUGAAGCUUGUAUCAGCCUUGAGAAGGAAUAUCAGCCUGGAAUCACCUACAUCGUUGUGCAGAAACGUCACCACACUCGCCUUUUCUGUGCUGACCGUGCUGAGAGGGUUGGCCGCAGUGGGAACAUUCCAGCAGGAACCACAGUGGACACCGACAUCACCCAUCCAUACGAAUUUGACUUUUAUCUGUGCAGUCAUGCUGGAAUACAGGGUACAAGCCGACCUUCACACUACUACGUGCUAUGGGACGACAACUGCUUCACAGCUGAUGAGUUCCAGCUCUUGACGUACCAGCUGUGCCACACAUACGUGCGCUGCACUCGCUCCGUCUCCAUCCCUGCACCAGCCUACUAUGCUCAUCUGGUGGCCUUCAGAGCCCGUUAUCAUUUAGUGGAUAAAGAGCAUGACAGUGCGGAAGGCAGCCAUGUGUCGGGUCAGAGUAACGGUCGAGACCCUCAAGCCCUGGCCAAAGCUGUGCAGAUCCAUCACGACACUCUGAGGACCAUGUACUUUGCCUAGCACCGCCUCCACAGACCUGUCAAUCACCAGUCAUUGUGCACUUAGAGGAGGAGGGAGAGGAGCUUCUCCCAAUCACAGGCUGCUAAAGAGAACCAAAUGUAAUAGAACUUACAGGCGGAACUAGCACAGUUAUGCAAUAGAAAAACAGCCAAUCUUUCCAAGCUUACUAAUUGUUUUUAAUAUCUAGAUUGCAGCUAUAAUGUUAUUUAUUAGAUUUCUAGAUCUGUUUAACUAUUCAUUUUGCAGCCUUGGGUCACAAAACCAAGUUUAAAGAUGAGGCAGAUCAGCGAAUGAGGCAGUGUUAUUUCCCUGUUUGUGUAGGUUUCUCUCAUCCUGUAGAGUUUCACGACUCAUCGGACACGCAAAAAGCUGAACAGUUUUAAAAAACGUCUGCUUAGGAUUAGUGUUUUAAUAACUUCGAAAACGGAUGUUGAAGAAAUGCCACUAGAGGGCAGUGCAAAUUUUGCUAACAGUUUGCAAUUGUACUGUAGGUCCUCCAUUGUUCCUCCGGAUAGUUGAUCAAGUCUUGAUCUUUUACUUUUUAAAAAAAUUAUUUUUACCAUCAAAAUCCAAUAUUUCAGUUUAUAUAUAUAUAUAUAUAUAUAGUAGACAACUGAAAUAGCAUUCCAUUUUCACACUUCACAAACAUGCUUCCUGGUUUAGGAAAUUGUAGAUAUUUGGACUAAAACAAGUAGGGAAGAAAGGAACUUACUUUUUUUAGUCCAACUAUCUACAAAUUCUUAAACAUAGAAGCAUUAUCUAGAUGUGUAAAAAGUAUCAGAAAUAAUGUCAAAAUUAAGUGAGAUUUUCAAAAUUAAGCGAAAAGUAAAAUAAUUUGCUAAUGGGGUAAGAAAAAUAAUCUUACUUUAAACCAAAAACUAAAUUAGUUUACUUUGAGACAUUUUUGGGGCAAAAACCCACUUAUUUUGACUAAUUUCUGCAAACAAAUUAUUUUUACUUGUCUAGAAAAUGCUUCUUGAUUUAAAAAAUGUUUAGAUAUUAUGUCACACUGCACAAAAAUGUUUUUUUUUUCACGUUUUUCGUAUAAAUAUCUACUAAUUCUUAAACCAAGAAGCAUUUUCUAGACGUAUAAAAAGUAUCUGAAAUAAUGUCAAAAUUAAGUGAGAUUUUCAAAAUUAAGUAUAAAGUAAAAUAAUCUGCUAAUGGGUUUAGUAAAGUAAUCUUAUUUCAAACCGUAAACAAAAUUAUUUUACUUUGAGACAUUUUUUUGGGCAAAAAAAAAAAAACAGAUUUUUGACUAAUUUCUGCGAACAAAUAAUUUUUACUUUUCUAGAAAAUGCUUCUUGAGUUAAGGAUCUUUAUAUAUUUAGACUAGAACCAAAACAAAGAAAAGCAUUUUUCCUCAUAUUUACUCACUGCGACCAUGCUUAUUCCGCUUUUUGAACAUUUGGAGACCCUGCUUUUCUUCUAAUUCCAGUCUUUUAAAUGCUUCUGAAUACCUCUAUGAUGCAUUAAGUUUCUAAUCCAAUUGCGCCCAUCAUAGUACCGUCGGUUUCUUACAGUUCCGGUCACAUUAAGCAGACAUGACAGGUUAGCUAAGGGCUGCAGAAUUUGCAGAGGAGAGACCAUGCAAAAUUUCCAUGUAGACGACUAUGUUUAUGUAUGUGCGUUAAACGCAUUGUGCCUCAUUCAGUUUGCGUGUGCCCACAACAUAAGUGCUCGAGUGAGUGUCAGAUUGACCGUAACACCCUCAACGGAAGUGUGCACACACACAAUUCCACCCAAGGCUACUCAGAGUCUCGAGUUUUCAUUCAAUUGACAUCAAUUGACAUUUCAUUGACCUUUAUGUACUUUGAGCUUAUUUAUAAUACUGCUUUUAACUUGCGUUGUCAUUAGUGCAUCUGUAAAUUAUCUAUUUACCUUAUCGAUUUCUUAAUUUCAUGUUUUAGCCCUGUGAACUUUGACAAACACUGUCCCAUAAGCCUUUUAGUGCAAUAAGCCAAUUAUUAACGGCUCUGUCGUAGACUUUCACGACACAAUACAAAGCAUACCUGCUUUAAUUUAAAACAGAACAUUUUGUUGAAUGUGGCAUUGUUUUGGAGAACUUGAACGCCAUUUUUUGGCUGGUUUUAUUGAAACGGAUGAUGUGUUUUAUGGCUGGAAUGAUGGGUUAAGUUUACAGAGGACGUGGUUUGUAGUAAAUGCUAUCAAGACAAAACUUUCAUUUAAAAAGUCAAAUGAUGAAGUGCCUGUUUUAUAGGAGAUAUCUAUUGGCGUACAUUUUAAAUGUGUAUUUAAGGCGAAUGGCGUGUACAUAUGGUUGGACAGAUAUUUUAGCUAUUAAAACUGUUAUUCUUUUUAGGUCUUUUUGUUGUCAAGGGCAAUUUGAUUAGUUGAACUAAUGUAGUCCUGGGCCAUUUUCUUUUCAACUUUCAUUCAGACUUCUAGAUUUCUUUUGAACUUUUACAUUUUCUUUUCAACUUUGGAACAUUCAGUUUUGUUUUAUUUUUUAUUUUGAAGAUUUUGUCAAACGUUCCUUUAUUCUUUUUUCAAAAUUUCCAACUGUUUUCAUCAUUCAAAUGUUUAUUUGACGUUUCAAACAUUCUUUUGAACUAAGUUUUCAUAAGAUCCUGUGAGUGUUCUAACAUUCUGUUUUUACACACGUUCCUUAGAACUUUAAAUAGUCAGUUGAUCCUUUGAGCUUUCAAACAUCGUUUUUGCAAACAAAAUUUACAAACAUUUUGAACUUUUGACUUUUCACAUUAUUUUUGGAAACUUUAAAUGUUGUUCUUAACUUUUUAAACCCCCCUCAAAACCCUUCCCUUUUCAUAGCCCCUGCAUAUUCAACUUGCAUUCCACACAGACCAAACCAAUGUGCCUAGGAAAACAGGGGUAGUAGAGAGUACUGAGUAAAAGCAUAUGAAGUGUAGUGCUAAAGAUGGAGGGCUUUUACUUUCACAUAGCCCUUAAUGUGAAUGGCACUGAGGUCUUUAUGACAUAAAGCCACAAAUAUUGAUCAGUGUAGCUGCUGCUUUACAUGAUAAAAAAAAACUACAUCUGCUUUCAUCUCUGAAGAGAGCGAGAAAAUAGUUUUUUUCUGAAAAAUGACUGACGAAUAUAUUGCUGCACUUAAACAAAACGCUGUACAGUCUCAGAUCUGGUGAAAUAUGCCUAAGGUGCUAAGAUGGUGUGGUGCUGUAAUACGGGGGAUGUUAACCACGCUAAUCUGCUGCGAAUUUACUGCAAAGCUUUCAGAUUGUACGAGUUUUUAUUGAAUUGAGUGUUUCGCCUGGUGAAAAACGUUUUCUUUUUUUCAGAGUGUUAGCUUGCUAACCGAACAAACAUGCUGAACAUAUUCGAGCAGUUUAAAUAAACGAAAUAGCAGUUUUAUCGAGUUAACCAGAACUUCACUCUGUAAAAAGUGCGCUAAUGUUUGGUGCUCUAAUUGUUUUCCUCUCUAUUUUGUUUGGAUGCGUUUUGAACUGUUACUUCUCUGCCGCUACCAGCAUUUGAAUUUACUUGAAUAUGGGGAGGGAUCAGUAGAACCUGCGCGCAUAUGCAUUUUUGACUUUUAGAUGACCGCUGAAAUACAGCCUCCUGAAAUCGCCACGGAAUAAAAAGCUAGCUAUAAAACUCCUAUAGGAGGAGCACUGCAUGAGGGGGAGGGGCUAUUCUGGUUAGUGGGUGUGUUUUAAAUGGCUCCUCCCACUAAAACUGUGACACUCUCUUCACCCCUUUGGCUUCAAGCUGGUAUGCGGUUUACCUUAAAGCGUGUUUAAUUCAACGAGAAGUAUAUUUGUAUAUUUAUAGGUAACUGCGUAAUGCACGUCGAUUAUUUUUGCUAACAAAGUCUAUGAGAGUUUAAGCGACAAAUUAACGUUAAUCAUGAUUAAUAUAAAUCGGGCUAAUAUUAUGCAAUAGACUGUUGAGUAGUAGAUUCGUCUCGUCUUGUGUUUUUCUGUGGUAUUGAUGAGAAGUUAUUCAGUCGUCGUCUAAUUCGAUUGUUUGAUUGCCUUAAAGGGAUAGCAACUACAAAAAUGAAGCCCAAAUUAAACACGAAGGUACCUCCUCGAAUAUUUCAAUUUCUUUUAUUAUUGGUUGUCUAAUUUUUUUUUUUUUUGAGAGGCGAAGAUUCAUCCAGUGCCUUUUCGGAUGGUGCUGUUCUUAGACCGAUAAAAUAAAACGUUAACGAAAUAUGAAGUUUAUUAACACGAUAUACUGUAUAAUAUGUGUUCAAGAGUGUUAAAACUGUGUGUGUGGGUGUGAUUGUGCCUCUUUAUUCGCCAAGAACACAUUAAUUCACAGAGCUUGCCAGUUACAGGGUCUCUGGACCAAACUUUCUACAAGGGAUAUUUGGCACUAAUAGAUCAAGCACUGUUUUCCUUUUAUUAUUCUCACUCAUUUUUAACAGCCAGUGUCAAAUCAAAUCCCAUAUACUCUAUAAAAUAGCAAUAAUAUAAUCCGUAAUGUCACUAAUAUUUGAGCUGGAUUCCAGUUUGAGUCUUGGUUUUUUUUCAUGGAUCCUUCUGUUACAUUUUUAACCUGUGAUUUUUACGAAUCUGUGAUUAAACCCAGUACCAGCUUUUGUAAAACUAUGCAAGUUUCUUCUCGUCUUGAAGGAGCUUCAUGGAAUUGUUCACAGUCGGCACUCUUUCCAUUGUGACGCAACACAUGUUCAGCGCUCUGAUGUAAUUCUUUAGUUGAUGGCGUGAUGAAAUCUUAAUGAAUUAAUAACAGAACUGUCUAUAGGCGUGUAUGUAUACAUAUUUGUCCCUUUUAUUUUAUCUGAACCUGAUUGUGGUCUUUCAUUUGGGGCUUUUUAUUUGGUCGUUCUAUUAAAUUGUCGAUAUUUUCAUUAAAACUGUAUGUCUGCAGACUUGUAUGACGGUUAUGUCUAUUGAACUGUUUGUCUUGGACAGAAACAUUACACGUGAAAUAAAUAUUGAAUGUGCGUGAA